AUGCGCCCUUUUUCUCUGAUCGCAAAGAAAUGGUGCAAAUCAGAAAUCAACACACCAGAUAGUCAGGUUGCUUUAACUAGAGCGUCACUAAAGCUGUCCAUCAGCUCGUCAGUUGCCCUAAGCAUCAACUGGACUACAUUAUUCAGGAACAACUUCUUGUCAAAUACAGUUCGUUCUGAGAUCCCCAAGGUUACAAUGAACAGUCUUCAACAACUACACGAGAUUUUCAACCCCGGCAGCCCAAAAGCUAUGCAAUCGAGUCUCUCAGAUAUCGUCCUCAUUGCGAUCGAUUUUGAGAACACACAGGUCAUGAAGGACGCAUGUACUGUCGAAAAAAACUGGCAAGCAGGUGUCGCCAUUCUUGACACAAAGAAUAUUAAGCAGCAGCAACUCGACAAGCUCUUGAGAACUCACAUGUUUGUUACAGGUACAACAGCCUACGUUACAAAGGCUUCGAAUAGAUACUGGUUCGGAAAGACUGACAGCGCUUCGCCGCUAAAGCUAGUGAACUUCAUUCGAUCUGUUGUUCCUCCGGAGCGAAAGGUAGCCUUUGUGGGCCAUGGAGUAAUGAACGACCUUCUCGUCUUGCAAGCACUAGGCUUCCAGUUUCCCGACAGUUACGUGGCAUUCAUAGACACUCUCCAUGUUGCUAAUGAGGUGUUUGGCUGCUGGGCAGGGCCUUUGCGUAAUCUAUUGAGAAAACUGGACUGUCCACAUAGCAGACUUCACUGCGCGGGUAACGACGCGAACUUCACAAUGAAAGCGCUACUGCUUCUAGCUGCGAAAAAGCUUGAGAAAGAGGACGGGGAUAGAAGCAUGAUAGAUUUAUUGCGGCGGCUUGGGCGAAGAGAGCUACCACGUCGCAUACUCUCGCAGGUAGAAGAAAAACCAACAAAGCAGUAG